GUUGCUGUCUCUGAAACUGCCGUGGCUUUUCAUAGAGAGUGCUUCCACUGCCAAUAGAGGGGUUGUAAAUGAUAAUAUCAGCAUCAGCAUAAAGGACAACAUUUCAAUGACUCUGAAAAGAAUGGACAUGGUCAAAUUUACAAGCUUCUGUCCACGAUCCACACAGAGGCUUAUCCUCACAAGCCCAUCAAGAAGCUCUGACACCAAGAUGAGACUCCAGCAUUGGCUUAGCCGGUCCACGGAGCAGAUCCCUCUUGACAAGCCAUGCUUGGAGUACAUUCAGUGGUUGAAGGCUGGGGAGGACCCUAAUUGGCAGGAACAAGGGUGGAGAGACACUGCUUAUCACAGCCGGGCCCAGAACAUUACGGUCAUGAUAGCCUCUCUGUAUCCCCUCUCCCUACCCAAACCUUCCAGAAUGGGCCCCAAUACCUACACGCAUUUCUUGUCACAAAAGGGACAUACAUCUUCCUGGUCCAGGAAAAAGGCAUCGGUACAAUCAAACCUAGCAAGGAGAGAGCAAGAUAGGAUCAGUUUUCUCAGCCAGAUCAGAACACCUACUCUGGACAGUCAUGGAAACAUACUUCCUCCUGAAAACUUCAAAAGACACACUGGCUACAGGUUGACUCCGGCUGUCAAGAAGGACAGGACAGUGCCACCUGUCCCAGACCUCCCUCCCCCCUCUGCAGAUGGGUUCAGACCCCGACUGGGAAAGCUGUCUUUCCAAAAGAACUGCCCUGUCUUUGAGAAGCUGAUGAAAAAAGACUGACAAAUAGCACAAAGCUGAGAUCUCUAAUUGCUAGCUCAUACUUGUAAGUUUUACAGUCUCUCAUAAACGUAAAACAUUCAGACUUACAUUCAGAUAUCCUGCUGUAUCUACAGUAUAAAAAGUCUGUUAAUUA